ACGGUGUGUUGUUUUACUGCAUCUGUGCCGUUGUCAGGGUCCGGGUCUUCUUCAGCUCACCUUAUCUUUCCCCCCUUUGGAAUCUCAGGAUGCAUUUAGUUGUGUGAGGAUUGCAAUUGCAUCCUCUGAUGUCAACAAAGAGUAAAAGGUUAUCACUGUAGCAGGCAUUGAUUUUGUUUUGCACAAUAAAUCCAUCUGGGAACAAGAGGGUUGGAGUCUCUCUCAAGUUGAACUUUUGCCCCGUUCACUGGUAAUUGAACCAGUAACCAAGCCUUGCACAGUAUUGCCUUUCUUUAAACAUGUCUGCCUCGAGACCUUUGGGAAUGUUAACACAUGUAACCAAAUGUGAGUUCUGCACAUCUGUUUCAUGUGCAAGUGUCAGAUAUGUCAAAAACACGUUCCACUCUACAAGUUAUGUAAAUUGUUCCAUUCUUGGCAAGGAGCACCUGACAUUUCCUGUGGCAGAAAAACUCACUGGAUCAUGGCACAGACCAACAGCGGCGGGCAGGGCACCAAUGGUGUAGCGGACGAGUCCCCCAACAUGAUAGUGUACAGAAAGAUGGAGGAGGUAAUAGCCCGCAUGCAGGAUGAGAAAAAUGGUAUCCCUAUCCGAACAGUGAAAAGUUUCCUAACCAAGAUCCCCAGUGUUUUUUCAGGUUCUGAGAUUGUACAGUGGAUGAUCAAGAACCUGGACAUUGAAGAUCAAGUGGAGGCUCUUCACCUAGGGACUCUGAUGGCUGCACACGGUUACUUCUUCCCCAUCUCAGACCACGUCCUCACUCUCAAAGAUGAUGGCACUUUCUAUAGGUUUCAGACUCCAUACUUUUGGCCAUCAAACUGCUGGGAACCAGAAAACACAGACUAUGCUGUUUACCUCUGCAAAAGAACAAUGCAAAAUAAAGCACGUCUGGAGCUGGCAGACUAUGAAGCGGAGAGCUUAGCGAGGCUACAGAGAGCUUUUGCCAGGAAGUGGGAGUUCAUUUUUAUGCAAGCAGAAGCACAAGCAAAAGUUGACAAGAAAAGAGACAAAAUUGAGAGGAAAAUUCUCGACAGUCAGGAAAGAGCAUUCUGGGACGUGCACAGACCAGUGCCGGGAUGCGUGAACACAACAGAAGUAGACAUAAAGAAGUCCUCCAGAAUGAAAAAUCCCCACAAAACCAGAAAGUCUGUUUACGGGCUGCAGAAUGAUAUCCGCACCCACAGCCCAACCCACACCCCAGCCCCAGAGGCCAAGCAACCCACAGAAGAAGAACUGCAGGAACAGAUCACCUUUUGGCAAUUGCAAUUAGACCGACAUCGACUGAAAAUGUCCAAAGUGGCGGAGAGUUUGCUGGGCUACACAGAGCAGUACGUUGAAUACGACCCCUUCCUCACGCCUCCAGACCCGUCCAACCCCUGGAUCUCAGAUGACACCACGCUGUGGGAGCUGGAAGCCAGCAAGGAGCCGGGUCAGCAGAGGGUAAAGAGGUGGGCUUUUGGCAUCGAUGAGGUUCUCAAAGAUCCCGUGGGGAGAGAGCAGUUCCUCAAGUUCCUUGAGUCUGAGUUCAGCUCAGAGAAUCUCAGGUUCUGGCUAGCAGUCCAAGAGCUAAAGAAGCGCCCCAUCAGAGAAGUUCCAACCCGGGUUCAGGAGAUCUGGCAGGAGUUUUUGGCCCCCGGAGCACCCAGUGCCAUCAACGUGGACUCCAAGAGCUACGACAAAACCACCCAGAAUGUCAAAGAUCCUGGACGCUACGCCUUUGAGGAUGCACAGGAACACAUCUACAAGUUGAUGAAGAGUGAUUCUUACAGCCGUUUCAUCCGCUCCAGUGCCUACCAGGAGUUAUUACAGGCCAAGAAGAAGAAAAGUAAGAACUUGUUCUGAAGGCUCUUCUUUCCAGCACAGGGGAAACCACUAGCAUCCAAGAGGCUGACCAGUCGUGUGCCAUCAUGCUAAAAUCAAUGCCAUCUCUCUCUCUGGGACAUGGAGAGGGAGACCAUCUCAUCUCUUCGUCAUCAUUGUCUGUCCAUGCACUCUUGGCUCAGCCGGGCAAUGAGCCGGGCCGUCUGUUCAUCUGUUGUCCACAGGAUGUUGCAUGUCCAUGGAGAGGAUGCUCCUCUUUCUCCUCUCCUCUUACAGUACCUGAUAUAUUUCCAGUAUUCUCCCAGAACGAAUGGCGCUGCUGCUGCUGCCGCUGCUGCUGCUGCUGCUGCUGCUGCUGCUGCUGCUGCUGCUGCUGCUGCUGGACUUGUGAGGACACAGAAAACAGACUGACGAGAUGAAAAAUGUCAAAAUACCUUCUUUCCAUCGUCAAACUGCUGGAUCGGAGCCCAAAUCUCUCACUUCCAGCUGAAACAAAUGAUGUCAGAGAGAGAAAAAAAAGAGAAAAAAAACAGAGAAAAACAUAAAACAACAACUUAAACUGAUAAAUCUAACCAGUGUCAUCGCUUUACUGAGGUCAGAGGUCACAGAUACUUUGUCACGCUAUGGGAAGUGUUGUGCAGAAUGAAUAUACAAUAUAUAUACAUAUAUAUUAUAUGAUUAUUAUUAUGAUUAUUUAUUGUGCACUUAUUUUGCUUUGCAUUAUUUUAUUACACUACAAUAAUUAGCACAUAUGGUUUUCAUUGCACUUGUAAAGUCACGGUUCAGAAUGACAAAAAUGCUGUCUCCUGUCUGAUGUAGAACAUAAUUCUUUGUUAUUCUCUCCUGCAUUUAUUUUUAUACCAUAUUUAAAGACACUUUUACUUACUUGUAUUAUUAAAGUUGGCCCUCUAUCUGUUA